AUGGAGCACUCUUCUUUGGGGAGAGAGAUUCCACCACAGUUUGGAAACCUCUCAAACUUAAACUAUCUUGACCUCAGUGAAGAGUCUGACUACUCUUUACUUGAACUUCCUUCCAACAACUUGAAUUGGCUUUCCAAUCUCUCUUCCCUAAAAUACCUCAACCUUGAAGGACUGGGCCUCAACAAAACAGGGGAAGGUUGGCUACAUGCUGUUAACAUGCUUCCUUCCCUACUAGAGCUACACUUACCAGCAUGCCAGAUUGAAAGCCUUCCACUCUCCCUAGGAAAUAUUAGCCUCAAAUCACUUUUGAUCCUUGACAUGGGGAAUUCAUUCAGUGGUGCCUUUCCCCUUGAACUUGGAAGGCUCAAAUCAUUGGAACAUCUUGAUUUAUCUUUCAAUGCACUUGAAGGUCAAAUUCCCGAACUGGCUGGAAAUUUUUGUAACCUAAAGAUCUUGAAUCUUGCUAGCAAUAAAUUUGAUGGGGAGAUUCAAGACCUUUUGGGUGGUUUAACAAGUUGUCUUAACACAAAUUUAGAGUCAAUAGAUUUGUCUUCUAAUAUGUUGCAAAGAGAUUUGCCUGCCUCCUUGGGGAUGCUACACAAUUUGCAGUAUUUUAGUCUCUACAAUAAUGAAAUGAACGGGUCCAUUCCUGAAAGCUUGGGGCAACUCUCUCGGCUAACUCACCUAGAUUUAUCUUUAAAUUCAUGGGGAGGGUUUUUAACUGAAGCCCAUUUCACAAAUCUCACAAGAUUGAAAUACUUUGCAUUAGGCGAAGUCACCCCAUACCCUACUCUACCUAUUUCUCUCAUUUUCAAUGUGUCUUAUGAGUGGGUUCCUCCUUUCAUGCUUCACACAAUCAACAUUGGAAACUGUCAAAUAGGUCCUACCUUUGGAGCAUGGCUUCAGUCUCAAACUGAACUAGCCUUUGUCAAACUUCAUGGUGCUGGAAUCUCAGGUGCCAUACCAGAGGACUGGUUCUCUAAAAUAUCUUCCAAAGUCUAUUAUUUGGAUUUGUCUUACAACCAAAUCACUGGAAACCUUCCAUUGCAAUUGAAAUUUCCAAAUGCUCUGAUUUUGGAUUUGAGUCAUAAUCAAAUUCAUGGCCCCUUCCCACUUUGGUCCAGUGACAAUGCGAUCCGUCUUCAGCUUCAAACCAAUUCAUUUUUUGGGCCAAUUCCAAUGAAUUUGGACCAACGAUUUCCACAAUUGUUGGCACUGUAUCUUUCUGAGAACCAUUUGAAUGGUACUAUUCCACUCUCUAUUUGCAACCUCAAAAACUUGCUAGUCCUUUCUCUGAGAAGCAAUGAGCUGUCAGGAAAAUUUCCUCAAGCAUGGAGUCUGUUGCAGGAAAUAUGGGUCAUAGAUGUUGCAUACAACAAUCUCUCAGGCAAGCUUCCAAAUUCAAUUGGUGUCCGGGGUCACUUUUAUGUUGAAGGUCAACAACAAUAA